CUUCCUCGGCAUCACCAUCUCCGGCGGCACACCACAUUAGACAUUACCCACAACGCCGCAAGAGACAGAAGAAGCUAGCAGCAGCACGAGCAGGACCGCUUAUUCACAGAGAAGAAGACGCCGUACCCUUUACAAUGGGUCUCUGCGUGUCGUGCGAUGCCGCGGCAGACGGCGCCAUGACCGCGAGGGUGGUGCUGCCCAGCGGCGAGCUCCGGGAGUACUCUCAGCCGGCCACCGCGGCAGUGGCGCUCGAGGAGGUCGGCCACGGCAAGCAGGGGUGGUUCCUCUGCGACGCCGACGCGAUGGGGCUCCAUGGCUCCGUCGCCGCGGUUCCCGGCGCCGACGAGCUUCGGCCGGGGCAGAUCUACUUCGUGCUCCCGGCCGAGAUGCUGCACCGCAGCGUCACCCUCGAGGAGGUGGCCGCGCUCGCCGUCAAGGCCAGCUCCGCCCUCGUCAAGGCCUCGUCUGCCGGCGGCCGGCGCCGACGAGGCUCGGUCGUGCCACUCGUGUUUGAACCGUCGGAGGAAGAUUACUCCGACGAUUCGGUGAUGACCAUCGUCGCGGCGAAGCAGGCCGUGGUCCAGAAGCGGGUGGUGGCGUGCCGCGGCGGGAGGUCGCCGACGAGAUUCUCUCCCGACUUGACCGCCAUCCCGGAGAGUGAGUAGAGACAGCACUAGAAAAACAACAACCAGCACCAUCUCGCUGGUCUUGCGUUCCACGUCCGUGCCGCCGGAGCUGGAUCGGGCGGCGGAAGGAGCCGAGAUAGAAAUGGGUGAAUCCACGUAGAACUAGCGGCGUUUUUCGUGUUGAUAAUUUAGGCUUCAGAUAAAACCACCAAGGCAAUGUAGAUAUGGGUCGGUGUAAAUAUGAGUUUCGGGCAAACAACGCCAGUGUAAGUAUUCCUGCAUAAAAAUGUCAAUGUAAAUAUGAAUGGCAUGUACA